UUGAUGGGCUUAUCACGUGCAGAUGAUUAUGAACAAGUGAAGCAAGUUUGUGAAUAUUAUUCAGAUUACAAAGCGUUAUUCGAGGGAUCUGGCACGCAACCCGGUGAUAAAACACUCGAAGAUAAAUUCUUUGAGUAUGAGGUGAUUCGGUUUUAUUAUUAUGAGUAG